GUCCAAGAAAACUUGGAUACUUGAGAAUGAUAUCUGCAUGUUUCUGAUGCUCAAGGAUGUAUAAAUGAAACCAGAAGUUGAUGCUAGAACAGGAGAGGGGAAGGUGCUUGUUUUGAUCAUCAUUCCCGUUAUUACUGCAGACAUUCUGGACAGUACUAAUGGAAGGUUUGAAAUGGAUCAUAGACGUCACCUCCCAUUUGAAAUGGAUCAUAGACGUCAAUGAUGGAGUAGAAAAAAUGGGGGAUACUUCAAAGGAGAGACAACAGUGGGAAAAGCAUUCAAUCUAUGAAGUACCUGCAAGCGUUAAAGAUCUAAACAAAAGGGCCUACAUGCCACAGACAGUAUCAUUCGGUCCUUACCAUCAUGGGGAAGCACAUUUAAAACGGAUGGAGGAGCAUAAGCACAGGGCAUUUCUCCAUUUCUUAAGGAGAUGUGGAAAACCUGUUGAAUCGUGCCUCGACGCUUUAGAUAAGGUCGUGCAGGAUUUGAAAGACUCGUACGAGCCGCUCGAUCCCAAAUGGGCAGACGACACAGCUGGAUUCUUAAAAAUGAUGACUCUCGACGGAUGCUUUAUGCUGGAAAUCCUUCGUGCCAGUGUAGAUGAAUCGAAUGACUAUGAUUCCAAGGAUCCGAUAUUCAGCAAACACGGGAAACUGCAUAUCAUGCCCCAUAUCAGGCGCGACAUGCUGAUGCUUGAAAAUCAGAUCCCAAUGCGGGUUCUUGAACAACUGCUUGAAGUUGGGAAAGGCUCCGACGUUAAUAAUCCAGUGAAGGAUAAAGAGAGUGCCAAUCAAUUCAUACUCAAGUCUUGGUUCCCCAGACCCCAUUACUCAGAGAUGGGCGACUGCCUGCACGUAUUGGAUGUUUAUAGGAGGAGCUUGCUUCAGCAAAAGGGAAACCAUAUAAAAAAACAUGAGGGGAGACCACUCGGACAGGACAAGCCAAGUGGUGACGAGAUCAUAAGAUCUGCAACAGAGCUUAAUAAAGCCGGAAUCCGGUUCAAGGUAAACAAAAAUGCGAGCCUCAAAGACAUCACUUUCGCCGGCGGGGUGCUUAGGCUUCCACUCAUCAUCGUGGACAAUGCCACCGAGUCAAUAUUCCUGAACUUAAUAGCCUUUGAGCGUUUCCACGUCGGGGCCGGCAACGAGAUUACCUCCUAUGUCUUUUUCAUGGACAACAUCAUCGACAAUGCGAUGGAUGUUGCCCUCCUGCGUUCGAGCAGCAUCAUACUAAAUGCCAUUGGAAGUGACAAAGCUGUCGCCAAGCUCUUCAACUCUCUCUCUAAGGAUAUAACGCUCGACCCAGAAAGUAGCCUCGAUGUAGUGCAUAAAAUGGUCAGUGAUUACUGCAAGAAGCGCUUGAAUAGGUGGCGGGCCAAUCUCUUUCAUACCUAUUUUAGAAAGAGUUCUUCUAUAUAACAUCCACUGUAGUGGUGUACACAAUGCACAUAUUAUGUGGAUGCUUCUUGUUCUUUGAUUUUUUUUUUUUUUGAUGCAAAAUGCACCAGACCUCUCUCUCUCUUCCUAUCUCUCUC